AUAGAUAAACAAUCGAUCGAAGGGAUUACUCGCCCGUCCCUAUCCAUCGCUGUAUUCGCCCUCCCUUCUUUUUUCCAGAGCGGUAGAGAAAGAGAAAGAGAAAGAGAGGUGAAAAGUUGGAACAAUUUUUUUGGGGAAUUUUGGUCUCUGUCCCAAAGUUCCCAAAUCGGAGGUUUUGGAUUCCGAGAGGGAGGGGAACAGGGAAAUCUUAGCAUGGUCGAGGGGGUCAAGGGAUUGAAAAAACCAUCGGGAAGUUAGGAGUUUUGGGGUGUUGGAAAGGGGACGGCGAUCGGUUUCUUGGGUGGAAAUUUGGAUUUCUUUGGGGAGGAUCGUUGGGAAUGAAAAAAAGGAUCCGAUCUUACUUGCCCUGUUUUGUGUCUUUCUUGCUUGUUGCGAUCGGAAACAAGUUUGAUCGGUGAGAGGGGUGAUAACCCUUCGGGUUUUGGGUUGGCUGCAUCGGAAUCGGCGGUCAAGAUUCGAUAAAGAAAGGGCCUUCUGGGAUCUCUUUGAUCGUUCCUCGCCGGAGCUCCGAUCGACGCCGCCGUGCCACCGCCAUCGCCAUGGCGAAUUCGUCGGCUUCGCUGGACUACUGGAGGAAGUUCUUCCGCAGCGCGAAUUCCGACAUCUUCGAAGUCCUCGAGCAGGCGAUCCUCGUCGCGGCGUCCGAUUACCCCCAAGAAUUCAGAAGCAGGAGGGAUGGGAUUGGUGAGAAGCUCUACACCUGCCUCCUGCCGCGGUGUUCCGGGUGCGAUCGGGUCGAGUCUCGGGUGAGCACGGAGGGUGGGGAGGAGGGAGACGGCAGCGUCAAGAGAGAUGUCGAGAAGGAGAGCAAGGUGGACAGCAGCAACGAAGUGUUUGAGGACUUGAACCGGCUCGUCAGCAGCUACAGCUACGACGAGGCCGAGGCGUUAACUGAGGAGAUCGAGGAGGAAAGCCAAAUGUUUGCGGAGGUUUUGAGGAUUAAGGAGAUUCUUGCCAACAAGCAUGAUCAGUCGGAUAGUGUCUUGUUUGACUCUUUGAGGAGGCUGCAGCUGAUGGAGCUUUCUGUAGAGACCUUGAAGGCAACUGAAAUCGGAAGGGCUGUUAAUGGUCUGCGGAAGCACAACUCAAAGCAAAUUCGCCAUCUUGUGCGAACUCUCAUUGAUGGUUGGAAAGUUUUGGUUGAUGAGUGGGUCAGUGCGACAGCUGCCAUUGCAGAUAAUUCCCCAGCCUCUGUCAAUCCUUCUGUCGUGGAUGAGGAGGAAGAAGGACUCCCAUCGCCUCCAUUGGAUGAGGGAGCUUUAUGGGCUACACAGACUACUUCCAUCCAGCUCUCCAAGUUCUUCGAUGGAAUGGAUGAUGAUGGAAAUUUGAGAAAUAAUGGCGAGUUUGACAAGAACAGGGAAGAUGGAAGGAGGCUUCCGGUGAACCAUGAAACAGUAAGGAAGCAGCAACCUCCAUGCCAGCCAGUUGUCACUGAAGAUAGGGGGCAGAUGAGGAAACAAGAACCGGUGAUGAGGCAAACAAAGCCACAGGAAGCCUCUGCUCCCCAAGCUAAGCCUCAACGCAUUUUGAGGAAAGAAAGCAAGCCUCUCAGUGCUAACUCUGGGCCUGGAAGACCAGCGAAGCUACCUUCUGAGCAGAAAGCUGUUGAUGAGAUGAAACCUAAACAACAAGACCUUUCUUCUGUCCAGAGGAAGCCCCCUGUGAUUCCACAAGAUUCAAAAUAUUCUGAGGAGGCAUUGGUUCGGGCCAAGUUAGAGGCAGCAAAGAGGAAACUUCAUGAGGGUUACCAGCAAGCUGAAAAUGCAAAGAAACAAAGGACGAUACAAGUAAUGGAGCUGCAUGAUAUACCAAAGCAGAGCCAUCACCAUAGACAACCUAACAUGAAACCUCGAAACCAGUUCAGGAGCUGGGCGAAUGGGCGGCAUUAGUUUGUGCCAGUUGGAUCAGCGAACUGCAUCCAUGGAUGAUCCCUUUCUACAAGUGGAGGAAGAUGUUUUGCUUGCCGCCAGGAUUGUAUCUACCGGGCGAGCACACUUGUCAAGACCAAAGAAUUUUUUUUCCCCAAGUAGUUAGAUGAGGACUCAAAAGAGUUCAACUGAAAGAAGACAUUUUGAGAGGUGGACUGUAUUCUAACCAAGUCAUAAAUGAUUGGUUCAUUAUUAAGAUAAGCUUUGUAGAAAUAACUUAACAGAAUUCAAAAAAUCACCUUAUCAUUUUCCAUUCCUGCUAUUUUUUUCCUUUGCUGGUCCCUCUGUGAUGUAACAACAGCACUAUUUAGCUGACUUAUGGAAACAUUUAUAUAGUCUUAAUUGCAGUUCUUGUGGAUGUAUUUGUUGGUUA